AUGGAAGUUGAAUCACUUGAAAACAUUAAAAAAAGAAUUGCCGAAAAGGACGAGGAAAUCAAAAAAUUAUGGGAAGAAUUGCGGGCUGAAAAAGAGAAACCUCGUGAAGAAAUUAUUGCUGAACUAAAGGGCAUAAAACGCACUACCGGCCAACAUCCGGGUGGUCUCUUGAUUACUUUGCCAGACACGGACAUCCAAAAAUAUACUCCCUUGAAUUAUCCAGCCGAUAACCGCCAUUUUUUGUCGGAAAUAUUUCUCAAAGUUGAUAUUUUGGGCCACGACGAACCGACCGUUCUACAAAAAUUAUUUCAAUUGACUGGUGUUGACCCCAGCAAAAUUUCUUUUCAUGAUGAAAAAAUAAUGUCAUUAUUCACCAGUGCUGAUACUUUGGGAAUACCCGAAUUUGGCACCGAUUUUGUCAAAAGAAAUUUGUUAACUCCUCUCAAACCCACUAAAUUUUCCCAAUUGGUCCAAAUCUCUGGCUUCUCACACGGAACGAAUGUUUGA